GGAGUCAUGAAGAGUGCUGGUGAAGCGCGAAAGUUGCCUUCCAUUCCGAGCCAUCCCGAGGCCAUGAGCCUUUAUGCCUGAGGCAUCUACGAUCACGGACCGAGCUUAUUUUACUUUAUCGUAUCCUUAUCUAUUGUUAUCUCCAAUAUAUAUUUUCUUCCCUAAACUGAUUGGAGGCUUUACUAGACACAAUAUAUAUAUAUAUAUAUGGAACGCCAUAACGCCAUUUAUUACAGCAGAACAACUGGAAGAAAACCUGGCAGGACAGUGUUUAUUCAAUGAACACCGUAACAAUUCAGGCCGGAGAAUUUCAUAUAUGAGACGCCCAUACAUGAGAUAAACAUCAUAGCCACCCGCGGAUACCAAAAUACUAUUUGGGUAAAGUAGAAGGAUUCCAAUUUCAUAAAGUCAUUUCCCGCCAAUUCGGUUUGACGGCUAAAUGGUCGUCUAUUAGCACGUUGCUACAGGAAGA